CGCCCUGCGUACGGCGCGCGUCCUACUCCGGGGCUCCGGCGCCGCCAUCAUGUCGACGGCCAUGAAUUUUGGGUCCAAGAGCUUCCAGCCGCGGCCCCCGGACAAGGGCAGCUUCCCGCUGGAUCACUUCGGCGAAUGCAAAAGCUUUAAGGAGAAGUUCAUGAAGUGUCUCCGCGACAAUAGAUUCGAAAAUGCUUUGUGCAGAAGUGAGUCGAAAGACUACUUAGAAUGCAGAAUGGAGAGGCAGCUGAUGGCACAGGAGCCCCUGGAGAAACUGGGAUUCAGAGAUUUGAUGGAUGGAAAACCAGGGGCAGGAACUACCUCCUGAUGGGUAGAAGUCCAUCCACCGGCUGCUGGCUUGUCCAGGGUGGAGCGUGUUGGGCGACCUUGUCAACUGACGGUUUAUGGUUAGGUGCUGUGACUUCAGAAGAAGUUUCUGGAACGCCCUCCUUGGCGGAAACCUCUCCUCUUGAUGUCUCCCAGGUUAUUUUGAGAAGCGAUUGUCCCCUUUAGGUCUCAUUUUCCCCAGGAGCCUUAGAUUUUAUCUUUACAUUGAGAGAGUUCCUAGGGAGGCCUGUGGCGGGUGGGAGGAAGGCGAGCAGAGUCACGCCCGCUGCGCGAGGGGACACGCGGCCAUCCGCGACGCGGUGACUCCCUCUGUGAUAUCGUCCGUAGCUUCUCAGUACUGACAUGCUGAAUGCUAGCGGUUUCAGCCCAUCACAUAGACGCUGCCCGAAAACCAUUUCCUGGCAAAAUGGUUUCCUUCUGUGCCCAUUUAUUUCCCGUGUUUUUUUUUUUUUUUAAGCAAAAUAUAAAAUAUAAACUUGGAAAUAAGAUUGUUAACUUUUGACA